CGAAGCCCUCCGCCUUCUUCCUCCUCUCCGCGCUUUGCUCUCCUCCGAAUAGGCGGGCUCGCGGCGUGGCGUCACUAGUCUGCGCGGCAUCCCUUCCUCCCUGCAUGCGCCUUAGUUUUUGUAAGAGGAAGCCUGUAUCUUGCUCCCGGUGCCUAACAUGGUGCGGGUCACCCGAGCCCUACUCAGGGAGUAUGGCCGAUUUAUGGAUGACCUAAGGAUCUAUGUGAGAGGAGGAGCUGGUGGAAUGGGCCAUGCUAGAUUAGGCGGAGAAGGUGGAAAAGGCGGUGAUGUCUGGUUGGUAGCUCAGGAAAAAAUUACCUUGAAGAGAAUUAAAGAUCGAUAUCCAAGAAAACGGUUUACAGCAGGAGUAGGAGCCAACAGUAGUGUUGCUGCACUGAGAGGUGGUAAAGGAAAAGAUUGUGAAGUAAAUGUGCCUCCAGGAAUAUCGGUCACUACGGAUGAUGGGAAAGUGUUUGGUGAACUUAACCAAACAGGAGACAGAUUGUUGGUGGCACAAGGAGGGAUUGGUGGAUGCUUGGCUACACAUUUUUUGCCCUCCAAAGGUCAAAGACACAUGAUUCAUCUUGAUCUCAAACUUAUAGCAGACGUUGGCUUAGUUGGAUUUCCAAAUGCAGGAAAAUCCUCUUUGCUAACCAAGAUUUCUCAUGCAACACCUCAGAUUGCAGAUUAUGCCUUCACAACAAUAAAACCUGAACUUGGAAUAGUUAAGUAUGCUGAUUUCAAACAGAUCACAGUUGCUGAUCUACCAGGAUUGAUUGAAGGUGCACAUGCAAACAAAGGAAGAGGACACAAAUUCCUGAAGCACGUGGAAAGAACAAAACAGCUUCUUUUUGUUGUUGAUGUAUCUGGGUUUCAACUUUCUUCUACAACCCCAUUUAGGACAGCCUUUGAAACAGUAGUAUUAUUAGCAAAGGAGCUGGAACUGUAUAAAGAAGAACUUCGAACUAAACCUGCACUUCUUGCUGUUAAUAAAAUGGAUUUGCCCAGCGCGCAAGAAAAAUUGAAUGAGUUCAUGGAACAAUUGCAGAGUCCUCAAGAUUAUAUGCACACACUUUCAAAAAAGAUGAUUCCACAAAUCACUGUCAAGUUCAAAGAAAUCAUCCCUAUAUCCGCACACACUGGUGAAGGAAUUGAAGAACUGAUUAUGUGCUUAAGAAAAGUACUAGAUGAAGAAGCCGAGAAGAAGAUUGAAGAUUAUCAGAGGCAGCAGCUUCGUGGAUUGCGUCUCUCAGAAAUAUAGUAGCUCCUAACAUUCAAAAGCCAUUGUAUAAUGAUUAAGGCAUUAGUCUUUGCAGGCUUCUGAAUGCAAGUCAGUUUGUGGCAAGCCCUUACUUACACUCUCUGUCAGGUCAACCAUUUUAAAAGAAAGUAUGUUCUGUAGUAUCUGUAAAAUACAAAAGUGUGUAUCAUAUUUCAUUAAUGAGUCUGCAGGUUACAUAAACCUCUUAAUUAAGCAAGUUGUAAAA